AAAAUGAUGGGUGAUUAGAGUCACACGAGUAAUGCAUCUUCCUUUUGUUAUUUGCAAAAAAGAACAAAAUUAAGAGUAUAUAUUGUAGAACCAAUGCAAUGUAUUCGGGCAACAAUACAAAUAAUUUCAAAGUAUCAUCAAUUACUCGUUAGUUAAACCAAAAUCACUUUUAAACUUAUUUUAAGCAUUUUUUAUUUUGUUAAACAAUUAAAAGUGAUUUAUAAGUGGUUUGAUUGGCUUAUAAGUCAAUCCAAACUGGCUGUAAGGGAGGGAGUAGUAAAGGGUAAUUUUUUUCCUUAUUUGUUCCACCCUUGGUUGGCUGCAUAAUCCCCAGAAAAAAUCACUGCAAAAAAAAGAAGAAGAAGGAAUGAGCAUAGUUUUGGAAGAGGCAAUAGAAGUGAUAUCACAGAGCAUAGGAAUUACCAAUUUAUCACCUGAUGUCUUGCCUGCUCUCGCCGCCGAUGUCGAAUACCGUAUUCGCGAAAUUAUGCAGGAGGCUAUUAAAUGUAUGCGUCAUUCGAAAAGGACUACUUUAUCUACUGAUGAUGUGGAUUCUGCUCUCACCUUGAGAAAUGUGGAGCCAAUAUAUGGUUUUGCUUCGGGAGAUCCUUUACGUUUCAGGAGAGCUGCUGGGUAUAAGGAUUUGUUCUAUAUUGAAGAGAAGGAUGUAGAAUUUAAAGAUGUGAUCGAAGCGCCUCUGCCAAAAGCACCAUUAGAUACUGCUCUUUUUGCUCACUGGUUAGCUAUAGAAGGGGUACAGCCUGCUAUUCCUGAAAACCCUCCACUUGAAGCACUUGCUCAGCUGCCUGCUGAUAACCGAAAGGCCGAGUAUAAGGAGGAUGGAGUUCCCGUUGAUCUUAAAAUACCUGUUAAGCAUGUCUUAUCCCGUGAACUUCAGCUAUAUUAUGACAAGAUUACAGAGCUUACCGUGAAUAAAUCUAACUCCCCUCUCUUUAAAGAAGCUCUAGCAAGCUUAGCAACAGAUCCUGGGCUCCAUCCUUUAGUUCCUUACUUCACAUAUUUUGUUGCUGAUGAGGUUGCACGGAAUUUGAAUAAUUUUGAUCUCCUUUUUGCUUUGAUGAGGCUGGUCUGGAGCCUUCUUCAGAAUUCUCAUUUACAUAUAGAACCAUAUCUGCAUCAGUCGAUGCCGUCUGUAAUGACAUGCCUUGUUGCAAGAAGGUUGGGAAAUAAAAUCUCUGACAACCACUGGGAACUUAGGGAUUUCACAGCUAAGUUGGUUGCUUUAAUAUGCAGGCGAUAUGGGCCUGUGUAUCACAGUCUCCAGCCACGUGUCACGAAGACUUUGCUGCAUGCUUAUCUUGAUCCAGCUAAGGCACUGCCUCAGCAUUAUGGAGCAAUUCAAGGGCUAGCAGCUCUUGGACCUGGUGUGGUUCGUCUACUUGUGCUGCCAAAUCUCGAGGCUUAUUUGCGAUUGUUGGAGCCUGAAAUGCAGCUUGAGAUACAAAAAAAUGAAAUGAAGAGACAUGAAGCUUGGCGUGUAUACGGGGCCUUGAUGCGCGCUGCGGGUCUAUGCAUGUAUGAGCAUUUCAAGAUGCUUCCUGCCUCUCUAUCUCCAGCAAAUCGGACAUUCCUGAAGAGUAAAUUGAAAGUCUUGACUACAUUGUCGAACAAACGCAAAGCGAGUACGGACGACAUGAUCUCAGAGCCGUCAACCAAGAAAUUAAUGACAGAUGGUCCUGCACCACUGCUAUCAGAUUCUUCGCCUGUAGGCCUACAAGGAGCUACUGAUGGACAAGCGACAACAGUGGGUGUUACAGAUGCAGACUUAUCGUCAGGGCCACAAGGUUUGCAAAAUGAGACUGUGAUCAAUGAGAGGAGAACCAGCAGAAGGGAGAUUAAUGGUGGGCAAAGCCAAAAAGCACCAGUUGCUCUUGGUCAGGCCUGGAAGAAGGAUAUAGAUGCUGCAAAUUUGUUGCCACCUCUGUUUGAUUAUUUUGGUGAAAAAAUGAUGAUCAAGAUUCAACAGCUUUGGCCGGGAUAUGGAAAUAUGAAAUGUGUAAGUAUAAGGUUCUUUCACAUCAUGCGUCUCUCUUCAACCAAGGGUGGAUCCACCGUAGAAGUUAUGGGUUCGGUAGUAUCAGUAGCUUUAAUUCAGAUCUAGUAUUUUGUUAAGCAUUUCACUUAAUAUGUAUAAAUAAUCUGUCAAGAUCCCGAUAAGCAAAAAAGGGGUGCAUCCAGAACCUGUAAACUUAAAUCUUAGUUCUGCCUCUGUUGCCAACCCAUUGAGAAACGUAUCUUUGUCAACUUGGUGUUAUCAUCCUCUCUUGGCUGUAUGAUUAGACUGCAAUAGUUAUUCUGAUUGUUGAAU